AUGGGCCUUCGCCCUCUCUUUGGCUCGCGCGCCAGCGUCAACGACAUCCACGAUAGCUUCGGCACCACGCUCGAGGCUGUCAAGACCAGCGAGAGCGAGCACGCCGAUCCCCUAGAGCAGCAACAUUCCAGCCAUGCCGCUUCAUCUGCACAGGAAGAACCACUGUCGCCCCAAAGUUCCCAACCUCAAGGCGGCAACGGCCUCGCCGGCUUUCUCAAUGGUGCCGCCCUCAUGUCGCACAAGGACUCUCAGUCCAGGUCCGAAGAUCGCCACGACAACGACGUCGCUGUGCCCUUAGAUUCUCAGGCUCAGAAAUCUGACGUCGCUGCCGUCGAUGCCAACUCCUCCGAUGACGCUGCUGCCUGGAAGAAAUCACGCAACGAGGCCGAGACAUCCGACCGUUACGAGUCGUCACGCGCGCGUUCAAAGCUAGGCAGGACGCUCAAAAAGGUCGACGCCAAGAUCCGAUCCACCAUCGGCGUCAAUGCUCCUCCCACAGCUCAAGAGAUGAGGAGCCCCUAUUCCGUCGGAAACAACGAUCAUCUCACCAGUCAAAACAAUCUUGGAGCUGCUGAGCUCCUCAACGACGCUCGCUUAGAGACCCUGCAGCAUCUGUCCGACGAUGAAGAAGAUGACAGCGACGACCAAGACGAGGACGACGGCGACGACGAGGAGCACACCUUGCACGACAAGAGUGACCAGCAUAUCGAGAACGAUGACGACGAUGCAAAGACGCUUCGCGACUCAGACACUGGUCCCGAUCCUGCCAAGAUCCAGGAGCAUGUAGCCAAGCUCGAUAACGCCAAUUCCAGUGCUGAGCACCGUCGCUCCGGCUCCAUGGAAGGUGUGCGACCUGGCGACAGCAUUCGCACGCGUGCACCCGUCGAGAUCUCGGCAGAGGACAAGAUGAAGGCCAUCAUCGAAGAGUUUGGCGAGUGUCCCUCUGUCUCGCAGCCCAACGAGCCCGAAAAGCUCAUUGUAGAUCACAACGGCGUCCUCAUGAAGACGGUUCUCAUCAAGGGCAGCCUCUUCCUGACAAAUCGUCGUGUAUGCUUCCUCGCUUACAUUCCCGAUGCCGCGUCCAACAACGACAACGCCGUCGAGCACCAUCAAGCCGGACUUGCUACCGGCAAAGACUCUUCCGCCGUUCGCGCGCCUUCCGAUCCCAAUGUCGACAACCCCAUCCUCAAGUCCGGCCCCGCUGUCAUCCACAGACCAGGCAAGCUGAGACCAAAGCGCCGCGUGUGGAUGGAGCUGCGCAAGGACUCGUUCAACGCAUACUCUGCCAGCAAUAAGCUCUACAAACCUCUUCUCUCUGCGCGUCUCUCCAAUCUCUAUGCUAUUCUCCCCGUCGACUGGGCCCAACCCAACGUUAUCCGCUUCGUCGAAGGUCUCAAGUACAGCUCUGUCGAGUUCAAGACCCAGGAGGCCGCGCUCGACUGGCGCAAGGAGCUCGAAGCCGCCGCCUUUCACGCCCGCAACACUGCCGAAAAGGUUCGCAUCAGCAUCCCUCUCGAACGCAUCGUCGGCACAGACGCCGCCGACUUUAUGCACGUCGCCAGAAUCCUCCACGUCGACGUCCUCGUUGGCGCCGUCACCGACUCCGAGAUAGCUCAAAUAGAACAAGAGCAUCGCGAACGUGCAGACGGUCAUCACAUCGGUCGUAGCUGGUCCAGCGGCAAUUCUUUCCUCACUUGCCCCAAAAACCCAGGAUUCAAGUGCCACGUCACUCAGGUCGCCUUUGGCGUCACUCACAAUCGCGCCGCAUUCAUCGACCUUCUUCGAGAAGCUCUCAAAGCCUCCAGGUCCGUACAGCACAACCUGGGAUACAAAGAGAUGCUUCAAGCGUUGCCGUCCCCGCUCCUCGAUCUUCAAGGCGAGGCGGACGUCGAAGAGGGAGCUGCCGACAGCAGCACCUCGCACGACGAUCAGAAAAGCUCGCUCGCAGACAAAUUUUGCCAUGCCUUUGGCCUCCCAACUCGCGCCGACGAGCUCCAUCUCGUCAAGGCGGAGCUGGUUCGAACCCUACACACGCACGGAACCAUCGCCAUCGGCCUCGACUAUUUGCUCUUCUGGCGCAGGGCUGUCGGACGUGAUCUCAAGAUCAAAGUGCCUCUCAACGACCUGCAAGGUGUCGACACGUAUCGCUCCAUGCUCUGGCAUCACUUUGGUCUCGUGGUACACAUCAGGGCGCAUGCAGACAUGCACUUCGACUUCACCUCCAAAGAGAACCGAGACAUGACGCUCCACAAGCUCCAGAGCUUCAUCGAUGCCAAGCAGAAGCAGAGCAAGGAGAGCAAGAACAAUGCCGACGGUCAAGCUCUCGAGAGCGGUGCCAAGUCUGCCGACGGAGUUCAGACCACGCCCAGCAAGAAGGGCCCCGCGGAAACACUCUUGCACGAUGCUGCCGCCGAAGUGCCCGUGUUCGAACCAGAUGUGCUCGCCCUGUUGCCAAAGGUGGUCAACAUGGAUCGCGACGCCAUGCGCGACGCGAUUCGUAUUUCGCCCAUGCGCAUCUACUGCCUCACAAUUGGCUCGCGCGGUGACGUGCAGCCGUACAUUGCGCUGUGCAAGGCGCUCAAGGAGCAUGGUCAUACACCGGUGAUCGUCUCGCAUCCUGAAUACCGCGGAUGGGUCGAAGGGCAUGGCAUCGAGUAUCGCGGUGUAGGUGGCGACCCUGCGGCUCUAAUGAAGCUCAGUGUGGAGCAUCGGAUCUUUUCGCCCGCCUUUUUCAAAGAGAGCAUUGGCAAAUUCCGUGUUUGGCUCGACGAGCUGCUGCGAGAAUGCUGGGAGGAAUGCCAGGGUGCAGACCUCCUCAUCGAGAGCCCUUCCACCAUGGCUGGCAUCCACGUUGCCGAAGGCCUCGGCAUCCCGUACUUCCGCGCUUUCACCAUGCCGUGGACAAAAACGUCGGCGUACCCGCAGGCGUUCAGCGUUCCAUCGAUCGAGAUGGGCCCGAGCUACAAUUCUUCGUCGUACACGCUGUUUGACCAGGUCAUGUGGGUCGCCACGAGUGGUCAGAUCAAUCGUUGGAGGAAGCACAUGGUGGGCAUCGGAGCGACGGAUAUGUCCAAGAUGGAUGCAGACUCGGUGCCAUUCAUCUACAACUUUUCGCCGGCGGUGGUUCCCAUGCCAAACGAUUGGGGUGACAGGGUCAAGAUCUCCGGGUACUGGUUUUUGGACAACCCAGAGUCGAAUUGGAAGCCGCCCAAGGAGAUGCAAGAUUUCUUGGAGAGGGCCAGGAAGGAUGGCAAGAAGAUCGCCUACAUCGGAUUCGGGUCGAUCACAAUUGAGAAUGCGGAGGAGGUCUCGGCGAAUAUCAUGAAGGCGGUACACGAGGCGGAUGUGAGGGCGAUCGUGGCGAAAGGUUGGAGUGGACGUGGUGGAUCCAAGAGGAAAAAGAAGAAGCAGCAGCAUAAGCAGCAUGAUGCAAAACCGCACUUGCAGCACAAAGAUUCGACGAGCUCUCACACCGAGAGCGAGGACACGGCUACGGAGGAAGAGCACGAGCCGGAGAUCACGAUCCCAGACGACGUGUUUGUCGUCGACUCGGUGCCCCACGACUGGCUGUUCCCCCAGAUCGACAUUGCGAUGCAUCACGGAGGAGCGGGUACGACGGGUGCAUCGCUUCGUGCCGGAUUGGUGACGCUGAUCAAACCCUUCUUUGGCGACCAGUUCUUCUGGGCCAACAGGGUGGCCAAGCUGGGAGCUGGAGCGAGGGUUAACGGUCUCAGUGUGAGCGAUCUUUGUGAUGCGUUGAAGAGUGCAGCGUCGGAUCGAGUCAUGGUGGAAAAGGCACAAGGUGUAGGGGAGAAGAUCCGAUCGGAGAACGGCGUGGCGACGGCGAUCGAGUUUCUGUACAAAAACAUCCCGCUCGCCAACAGAAGGACGCAGAGGAGGCUGGAGAGGGAAGCCACACACGACUCCACCGACUCGUCCUACAGGACCAAUCCCUUGUCGAGAUUCGGCACGCACAGUCGACAAAACAGCGCAAGCGGGUCCGAGGUCAAGGAAAAGCACGGUCAGACCAAGCGCUCGGCCACCCUACCACCCGUUUCCACCUCUUCCUCGGAGAAGAGUGGGGACAUCCACCGAUCCAGCACGAUCUUCGAAUCGCCCGCCGACGAACUCAACUCCCCCUCCAGCCCCACCAGCCCCAGCAGCCCCAGCAGCGGCAAUCGCACCCUCCUCCCCUCCCUCCCCUCCCUCUCCACCCUCAACCCACUCCCCUCCUCCAUGUCCUCCAGCUUAAAGGAGAUGAUCGCCUUCCACACCUCCACCGCCGACACCACCGCCGACGGCGAACCCGCCCACCCCGAGAGAUCCAACACCACCCCUCCCGGCCGCCUCGCCCCAGAGGACGAAACCGACGAACAGAAAAUGCACCGCCUCAAGGGCUACAAGAACGCCAAAGCCGAAGACAUCCGCCGGAGAAAACUGCUGCUCGAACGGCUCGAGCGCGAAAAGCUGCAGAAGGAACAGCAGAGCCAAACAGGCCGCAAGGAAGAGCAGCACACCUAG